AGCGGAAUGGAACCUAGCAUACAGAAAUCAUCGCGCGUCGGUGGAGACACUUCAGGCAAGUUUUAUGACUUUGCACGACAAGCCAGUGAUGUUUUGGCCGCCGCGACUUGGUGACGUAUUGCAAAACUGGGCGUCGAAGCGGCAGGAAAGCUCAGAAGACUCAGAUUUUUUGCGUCAGGUGCAAAAAGAGGCGCGGGGCUUUCAUGUUUUUCUCGAAGAACCACUUGACGAAAGUCCCUUACUUUUACAACAAGAUGACGCAGGCGGCAGACGCGAGCGAGAGGUUACUUCUACUACCACAUCAUCAGCGUCGCUUUCUCUAGAUGCUGUUGGUCUGCCGGCG